AUGGUAUUGAAUCGAACUCUUCGUUUGGCUGAUCGUACAAAACUUCAACCGUGGUUCAAAUAUUUGAAGCUGUUCCUUACAGCUUUUUACAAAUUACCGGGAAGCGAACACACACUUGUUUGGCGUGGUGUACGGGAGGAUCUUAGUACCCUUUAUCCAAAGGGUAAAGAAUUCGCAUGGUGGGCAUUCAGUUCUUGCACUGCUUCAAUGAGUGCCCUUGAAUCACCAAAUUAUUUGGGAAAAUCAGGUGCAAGAACAAUGUUCUCCAUUCAAACUAACAGCGGAAAAGACAUCCGUGCACAUUCAUAUUUUGAAAAUGAAGAUGAAAUUCUUCUUCCUCCAGGUAUUUAUCUUAAAGUGAUUGAUUGCUUGAAUCCAGCUGAAGGUUUACACAUUAUUCACCUUCGUGAAAUUCCGCCACCAUAUCAAAUGGUUGCUGAACCUUUUGAUCUUACUCAGCUAAAGGAAACUUUACCACAAUCAAAACCAACCCUAAACAAAAAGCAAGAGAACUAUCUAUCAUCCGAUGUUACACCAAAACCAUCUGUACAAGCAAUCUCGAAAAAUAAAGUGCCACUAUUCAUUACACCAAAAUACAACUCACCAUAUUCUAACAAGAAACUAGAUUGUAAAGGUCGUGCUUGCAAAAAAUGUGGCUACUGUCGUGAUUGGUACUGGAGUCCUAAGGCGAAUGGUCGAAAGGAUUAUACGAAGCGUGCUGAUGCCACUUGCAUUGGUCAUGAUCCUCGUUAUGAUGAUAUUUAUCGUAUUGGUGAUUCUCGUUAUAUUCAUGAUGAUCCUGGUAUUGGUAUUAUUGGUGGUCUUAGUUGUCUGUGUGAGUGUGAGGACAACCGUCAAUAG